CGUCUACCUAAUUCAGUCUUUGUCUGCCAAGUUCUGGCAGACUCUUUCUGGUGGAAUUUCUUUCACGGGUUUUUUCGCAAGUGGGGCGCCCGAGCUUGCUUUCACUGCCCAUCUGUUCUUUUCUUGGUUCUUCUUCUUUUUUUCUUUUCUUGAAAGCUGACUGUGUCUUUGGGCAUGCUUGAAAUGUUGUGAACUCGGUUCCUUUUUCUUUCUAAUUGAUCCAGCUACCGGGGUGUAGGCACGGUCAAGCUGACUGCUUGGUAGUUCAGUUUGAUGCAAAAGAGCAAUCUUUUCUCUCCCCUCCUUUUCUUGCCUUCUUCUGGAUUGAGGUUUUGCAUGCCUGCCUCCUUCGUCUGUUCUUGAUAGCUCUCCGAUUGUUCAUGCGCGGUGCUCCUGCUAUUUUCCAAAUUAGAUGUAGAGCCGGUGCUCAGUUCCAGCCAAGGUUACUGCAUUGCGUGUGGUGAUUCGGCCUCUUGAUUUGUGGGUCGACUUUUCUGGGUGUAUUUGCAUGCAUUUGCUGAUUAAAUUGUAGCGUUAAACUCGAGUGAAAGGUCAGCGCUUCUAGAGUUCCAGUUGGCCUGGUUUGUUAGUUUUUAGAUACUUGGAUUUGGGCGGCUGCCAUCGAUUGUCCGUGUAUUUGAAGAAGCGAUUGGAGUGGAAAGGGGCGAACUUGAUUGUAUGAAAUCGGUUUCGGACAUGAAUUCGGGAACUGAAAUUGAUGAAAUUGAUGAAGAGAGUGAUAACAGGGGAAGUAUGUGGGUUUUGGAUCAGAAGCUUGAUCAGCCCAUGGAUGAGGAGGCUGGUAGGCUGAGAAACAUGUACAGAGAGAAGAAAUUUUCUGCUCUGUUGCUUCUUCGGCUUUCAUUCCAGAGUCUUGGGGUUGUUUAUGGAGACUUGGGCACGUCUCCUUUGUACGUCUUCUAUAAUACAUUCCCGCAGGGAGUAAAGGAUCCAGAGGAUGUUAUGGGAGCUCUUUCUCUAAUUAUAUACUCUCUGACGCUUAUCCCACUUAUCAAAUAUGUAUUUAUUGUCUGUAGAGCUAAUGACAAUGGUCAAGGUGGAACAUUUGCUCUUUACUCCUUGCUUUGUCGACAUGCGAAAAUAAAAACUAUUCCCAACCAACAUCGAACCGAUGAGGAGCUGACGACUUACAGUCGUUCCGCAUUCCAUGAACAGUCGUUUGCGGCUAAGACCAAGAAUUGGUUGGAAAGACGUCCUUCGAGGAAGAAUGCGUUACUUAUUCUUGUCCUUGUUGCCACAUGCAUGGUGAUUGGGGAUGGAAUUCUUACUCCAGCUAUAUCAGUUCUUUCUGCAGCUGGAGGAAUCAAGGUAAACCAUCCCGACGUUAGCAGCAAAGUAGUCGUGGUUGUUGCUGUGGUAGUAUUAGUAGUUCUGUUCAGCAUGCAACACUAUGGAACGGACACAGUUAGUUGGCUCUUUGCACCCAUUGUGCUUCUUUGGUUCCUCUUAAUUGGAGGAAUUGGCAUCUAUAAUAUUUGGAAAUAUGAUGCGGGUGUUCUUCGGGCUUUUUCUCCUGCUUACAUAUAUCGAUACCUCAAACGUGGAGGAAAAGAUCGUUGGACCUCACUUGGAGGCGUCAUGCUUUGUAUCACAGGGACUGAAGCUCUUUAUGCUGAUCUUGGCCAUUUUCCAGUUUUGGCCAUCCAGAUUGCUUUUACAGUUGUUGUCUUUCCUUCCCUUCUUUUAGCCUAUUCUGGGCAAGCGGCCUAUCUAAUGAAGCACGAGGACCACGUGAUUGAUGCAUUUUAUAAAUCUAUCCCAGAUAGAAUAUACUGGCCAGUAUUCAUUGUCGCAACUUUAGCUGCUAUAAUUGCCAGCCAGGCCACGAUUACUGCUACGUUUUCAAUAAUCAAGCAGGCACUCGCGCUAGGCUGCUUUCCUAGGGUCAGAGUCAUACAUACAUCAAAGAAUUUUCUUGGACAGAUAUACAUUCCUGAUAUAAACUGGAUUUUGAUGAUCCUCUGCAUUGCUGUCACUGCUGGCUUUGAAAACAAAAGUCAAAUUGGAAAUGCAUAUGGGACAGCUGUUGUAAUAGUUAUGCUGGCAACCACGGCCCUCAUGGUUCUGAUUAUGAUUUUAGUGUGGCACUGCCAUUGGCUUCUCGUCCUACUUUUCACUGGCCUGUCGCUAAUAGUGGAGUGUACUUACUUCUCUGCCGUGCUCUUCAAAAUAAAUCAGGGCGGGUGGGUUCCACUAGUUAUUGCUGCAGCAUUUCUUCUGAUCAUGUAUGUUUGGCACUACGGCACGGUCAAGCGAUAUGAGUUUGAGAUGCAUAGUCGGGUUUCGAUGGCCUGGAUUCUUGGGCUGGGCCCCAGCUUAGGACUGGUCCGAGUCCCCGGCAUUGGGCUUGUAUACACAGAACUUGCUAGUGGGGUGCCUCGCAUCUUUUCCCACUUCAUCACUAACCUUCCAGCCAUGCAUUCUGUUGUAGUUUUUGUCUGUAUUAAAGAUCUUCCAGUGUACAUGGUUCCUGAAGAAGAGAGGUUCCUCGUGAAGCGGAUUGGACCCAAGAAUUUUCACAUGUUCCGCUGCGUUGCAAGGUAUGGAUACAAAGACCUUCGUAAGAAAGAUGAUGAUUUUGAAAGGAAGCUCUUUGAUAGUCUUUUUCUCUUCGUUCGGCUUGAGUCCAUGAUGGAAGGGUGUUCGGACUCAGAUGAUUAUAGCAUAUAUGGUCAGCAAACUGAGAAAUCGAGAGAUGCCUUUCUGUCUAAGAAUGCCAAAACUACUAUUUCCGAUGUGGACCUCACGAUUUCAUCAAUGGACUCCAUCAUGCCAGAAAAAUCUCCAUCGUCACGGCCGAAUAGUAUGACGAUGUCAUCUGGACAGGUGGGCAACCGUACUGAAACAGAUGAAUUAGAGUUUUUAACUAGUUGUAGAGAUGCAGGGGUGGUGCACAUAUUGGGUAAUACGGUUGUGAGGGCAAGCAGGGAAUCCGGAUUCUACAAGAAGAUUACUGUCGAUUAUGUAUAUGCAUUCCUCAGGAAGAUCUGCAGGGAAAAUAGUGCGAUUUUUAAUGUUCCUCAUGAGAGUCUCUUGAAUGUUGGCCAGAUAUUUUAUGUAUGAUAAUUCUUUUGCAAUGUGAUGGGUAAAUAACAUUCUCAGCGCUAACCUUUCAA